AUGUCCGAUCUCAAACCCGUGCCGACGCAGUGCGUCGGGCCGACGUAUCGCUCUGAGAGUCAAAAGCCGACGGCAGUGGUAUCAACGGGGGUGGAAUUUGAGACUGUCACCAUCCUCCCGCAAACUCCUCAGCUGAUUGCACUGCUCUCAAUUAUUCGCAACAAAGACACCCAGCGAGGGGAUUUCAUCUUUUACUCCAACCGCAUCAUCCGCCUCCUCGUUGAGGAAGGGCUCAACCACCUGCCGACAAUUGAACACACCGUCACCACUCCCGUCGGGCGCCCAUACGAUGGCCUCUCCUUUCAAGGGAAAAUCUGCGGCGUAUCCAUCAUGCGAGCCGGCGAGGCCAUGGAGCAGGGUCUACGGGAAUGUUGCCGGUCUGUGAGAAUUGGCAAGAUUCUAAUCCAGAGAGACGAGGAAUCGUCUCAACCCAAACUCUUCUACGACAAGCUCCCAGAAGACAUCGCCGAUCGAUGGGUUCUGCUGCUUGAUCCCAUGCUUGCGACAGGCGGCUCCGCUAGCAUGGCCGUUGAUGUCCUUAAAUCUCGUGGCGUGCCCGAGGAGCGCAUCUUGUUCCUCAAUGUGCUCGCGAGCCCUAAGGGGGUCCAGAACUUUGCAACCAAGUACCCCCAUCUUCGUGUCGUGACGGCAUUUGUGGACCAGGGGCUUGACGAUAAGAACUACAUCAUACCCGGCCUUGGGGAUUUCGGCGACCGAUACUAUACCGUCUAA